AUGGCAGAGCUUGAAGGGGACGACAAAAUAGGGGGGUUGCGUCAGGGCCCCGACGACGCUCAGGCUAUAGGUGCUGUCCAGGAUGAGGUUGAUAUCGCCAGGAUUGAAAAGGUCUACAGGAAAAUUGAUCGCCGCAUUAUUCCAGCUUUCUGGACGCUCUACUUCCUUUGCUCGGCAAUCCGUUCCAACAUCGGCCUUGCUCAGACUAUGAACACGGCUUCAGGCCACAAUCUCAUGCAACGCUUGAACCUGACUGCAAAGCAGACUUCCACAGCUCUAGCACUCUUCUACGUUGCCUAUGUUGUUUUCAAUCUCCCAUCAAGCUUGGUUAUGACCAGACUAAGUCCACGAGUUUGGAUGGCUAGAAUUGUUUUUGCUGUAGGGUUGAUUGGAGCUUGUUUCGCUGCAGUAGGAGCUGCUUGGAGUCUUCUUCUCCUCCGCUUCCUCUUGGGAGUCGUGAUUGCAGGUCUUUGGCCAGGCAUGUCAUACUACCUUACUCUCUUCUAUCCGCCAUCUCGCACAGGUCAGCGAAUCGGGUACUACUUCACGGCAUCUCAAGUAUCCGCUGCAGUAGUAGGUCUUGUCUCAGCUGGUUUCCAGAAGAUGGACGGCUCAGGCGGUCUUGUUGGAUUCCAAUGGAUGUUCCUCCUUUGGGGCCUUUGUGCCGUCAUCUUAGGCGUCGUUCUUCUCUGGUGGUUGCCAGAUAGGCCUCUUCCUCCAGGAGAGACUAGAGUUCGAAGCGGGUUCUUGAAAUGGCUCCCAGCUGUACCUCCCAUCCUCAAAGGCGAGGAUGCAGAGAUCCACUACAGGGACCUGACAAGGGUCUACCACCCAAGACCAUGGAACCUUAAGGAUCUCCUCCACGUCCUGAUUGACUGGCGUCUCUGGCCUCUCGUGAUCAUGUAUUUCGGUGUCGUGGGCGUAGGUUUUGGAGUCCAAUUGUAUGGAACAGUUAUCAUCUCAGGUAUCAAUCCUUCAUUCUCCGGUAUUACACUGAGUUUGCUCUUUGCUCCAAUCUGGAUUAUGGAUCUCAUAGCCAUUCUCUUGGUAACCCCCAUCUCCGACCGCUUCCACCAUCACCGUGCCCUGUUCUUCUCCCUCGCAGUGUGCGUCCAAAUCACUGGCCUCUUAACCACCACCUUCGCACCUCGCUCUCAACCCUGGGCACGCUACGGCGGUCUCCUCAUGGUCGGCUUCGGACUCGGCCCAACUGUUCCCAUCUGCAUGACCUGGAGCAACGAGAUCUUUCAGCGCCGCCACGGCGAAGUUGGCGUCGCCGCUGCUGCAGCCCUCAUUUCCGGGCUGGGAAAUCUUGGGACGGUAGUCACUACGUACGCCCUGUACACGGGCUGGCCAGAGGAUGCGAAACCAGGACCGCAUCGGUACCGCAAGAGUAACUUGGUUAUGAUCGGGAUUCUCUGCUUGAGUAUUCUGAGCAGUGUGGUCAUGACUGUAGGACUGAAAAUUGCAGGAAAUAAACCUAGCAAAAAGAUUACUGGCUGCUCAGAUACUGAUGAUGAGUUCCUGGAUGGUGCCGCGAGAAGGGAGCACCACCAAAGGGGCUUUGGAAAGAUGAGGUGGAAUAAGAGCCACUAG